CUCGAUGAGCGGUUCAUGAUUCAUGCACAAAGUUAUUAAUAAUCUUUAUUUAUCUUUAUUCCGUGUCUGUGCCUUGUGAUUUAUAGUGAUUAUAGUGAUUACAUGUGGUGAUAAUAAAACGAUGUAAAUACUAUAUGAAUAUAGGUAUGCAAUUGAAAUUGAAUCAGAAAUGAGUAAUAAGUAAUGACUUCAAUCAUUAUGAUGAUCUCCGUGACUCAGUCCACUUACUACUAUUAGUACUUAGUAAUUUAGUAACUUUUAACAUUUAGAAAAACUAAUUUUAAUUAAACACACUACACACUUUAAUUCUGACCAGAUUAAAGUUACACAAGUUUUGUGAUUUAGUGUUUUCAGAGAUUUAAAUUUAUAACUUUGAUAAAUAAAAAAUAAUCCUUAAAUGUUUAAAUAUGUUUUUGGACAAUAAAAAUAUUAUAUUGAUGUCAACUGGAUCUUUUAACCCACCAACAAAUAUGCAUUUGCGAAUGUUUGAAAUCGCUCGAGAUCAUUUAAAUCGUCUGGGACUUACAAUUUGUGGUGGAUUGAUAUCACCUACUCACGAUUUGUAUAAAAAGAAAGAUUUAGCACCGUCAUUACAUAGGUGUGCAAUGAUUGAGCAAGCUCUAGUUGCACUACCUUGGGUGAAGUUGUCUGAUUGGGAAGUAAAACAAAACGGUUGGACAAGAACGAGACAAGUGCUACAAUAUCACCAGAAUCAUCUCAACAUGAUUAUCACUUCUAGACUAAAUGGUUCAAUUAAAAUAGAUACUUCAUUAUUACCAGUCCAAUUUAUUGAAAAUCUCAAUGUCAGUGAUUCAAAUCAAAAUACAGCAGUAAAUGUGAGACUUUUGUGUGGCGCUGAUUUAUUGGAAUCUUUUGCUGUUCCAGGUUUAUGGAAUGAUGACGACAUAGAAGCUAUUGUUCGAGAUUAUGGUCUGGUUGUUGUUAGUCGUUCGGGAUCCAACCCUCAUAAAUUUAUUUACGAAUCUAAUAUUUUAACUAAAUACAUGGCAAACAUUAUUGUUGUAACUGAAUGGAUAACAAAUGAAGUUAGCUCAACAAAAGUACGUAGAGCAUUAUCUCGUAAUGAAAGUGUAAAAUUUCUUAUUAGCGAAUUGGUUGAAUCUUAUAUCAAAGAGCAUGGUCUUUAUGAAACUCUAAAUCAUAAGUACUCUAAUAAUGAUAAAUUGGAUGUAAACUUGAAAAGUGCUUUAAUGUCAUCCUCUCCUAGCAAUAAAACUCUUAAAAAAUAUCAGAUGGAUGACAAAAAACUUAAUAUUGAUGAACCUGAUAAUCUACAGUGUAAUGAAAAAAGAGUUAUUAAUUGUAAAAAUUCUAAGGUAAGAAAUGUAGCUGAAAGUAAAGAAAACUGCUCUAAGGUUGCCAUUUUAGUAUCUGAAAAUGGUAUUAUUGAAGUUAUAAGUGAUAUGGAAACAAUGGUUUGACAUUAAAUUUCCAUGUUUAGAAUGAUGUGCCAAAUUUACUUAUUUUUUGUAGUAAUAUUGUGAUUUUGUUUUUAAUAAUUGAUUUUGGUUUAUUCUUCCAUUAAUACUGUGAUUUUAGAUUUAAUUACCUGACAAAACAUUAUCAAAUGUAUUAAUUAUUUUAAAAAUUAUUAAUGUCAUUGAUUAAGGUAAAUAGGUAUUUUAGAUUUAUAGCUAAACUUGCCAUUUGUUAUGGUUUUAACGGCAUGUCCUGGUGUUCUGGCCUGUCAUUAAGUUAGUCCCAAUUAAUAGAGGCUGAGUGAAAAUAAUUUUAAUAUUGUAUUAUUUCAUAGUAAAACAGAAUAAUAUUGUACAUUGUAUCAUUAUAUGAUUAUCUUAUAUUAAGUUAUUUAAAAAAAAUUAAAAGGUUAUUUAAUAUGAUGCCCUGGUUUGGUAAUUUCAAAAUCUGGCAACCCUAUAGGCAAACUUUUUUUUACUUUUAAGUGUGAUUAAUGAUUUUUACAAUUUUAUUAUACAAUUGUUAUAUAAUAUUAUUAGCUAACUUUUAGUUUGUGUUAAACUAGAUCAGGGAUGGAAAAUUAUUUUAACACUAUGUGCCAAAAAUUACUUUUUUUGUUUUUAGAACGUGCCAUGAAAAAUAUUUUAUACAUAUUAUAUUCAGUGUAUAUAAUAAAAAUAUUUUAAUUUGCCAUACGUGAAUUAGAUCUCAUCUGACUUAUCUAUAUAAUAAUCAAUUGUUUAUCAGAAAUUACAAAAAUAUUAUAGAUAGAAUUAAAUAAUUAGUUAAAUAGGUGCUUGCAGUGGCGUAUUUAUGGGGGGGGGUUCAACCGGAUCUAACGCGUCAUAGAAGUUUUUAAUUAAAAUACCUAACCAGUAUGUGUGUACUCAAACCACAAAAACCAUAAUAGUAGAGCACGGGUAACCGAUGUCGACACAUAGUCGACCAGGCAGAAAUUCGUUGCGGCGAUAUGGUAACGGCAUGACAACAUUUUAUCAGUUAUAAAUUAAUAUUGUUUGUACUCCUUUUAUUUCUUUAUUCAUAGUUUUAAAGUAAGAUGAAACAAAUAAGCUUUAUCAUAAUAUGAUUUUUAAAAAUUUAAAAAUUUUACCCCCCCCCCCCCCCCCCCCCCCCCAAAGAAAUUAUUGAAAAUACGCCACUGGGUGCUUGAAGUUUGAUAACUACCUAAAAGAGUAUCUAUUUAUAAAUAAAUAAAACAAAUAUAAUUUCAAACCGAUAUAUUUCAUGAUUCAGAAUUUUAAAUUAGGUUAAAUAUAUUACAAUAAGUAUAAUUAUGUUCUACAAUUUUAAAUUUCUGUGGAAAAAAUAAUAUUGAAUAUUCCAAGUAUUGAAAUUUAACUAUUUAUCACUAAAAAUCAUACAUUGUCAAUUUAAAAUUAAAUAGUUACAUAUUAUAGCAUAAUUCAAUCUUGUCAAUUAAAAAUUAAUUUUUGUUUUUAUUUUGAACCAUUAAGUAUUAACACUUUUUUUAUUAACCCCAUAACUAUUUAAAUAUUUGAUAAUCAAUUUUCUAAUUUUUAAAUAUAAAUUUAACCAUACUAACUCAAUUUUUCUAAUUUUAUUUUUUUUAAAUUGUACUAUAAUGAUCAUGAUAAUUUAAAAUUAGUAAAAUUUAAAGUAGAUUAAAAAAACGAGUAAAAUAAGUAAAAAAAAACUUUUAAAUUAAAACAGAAAAAUACUUUAUUUAAAGAAUGAAUAUAUAGAAUAUAUAUAUAUAAAAAAAAUAUAAUAUGAUUUUUGUUUUUAAUAUAAUGUUUGUGACCUUUCAAAUGAUAUAUUCAGGGUGUUUUGUGAGGAUUUACCCAUUGCGAUAUCUCUUACAAUAAUGGACAUAUCAUAAUUCUGGUUUUAAAAUAAUAUUCACAGGGACAAGAACUACAAAUAUAUCAUGUUAUAAUUGAUUUUAAUGUUUUAGUAAAAAUUUAAAAAAUAUAUUUUUUUAUUUAAUUAUUUUCAAAACAAUUGAAGAUAGCCAUUUUGUAGAGUUUAUUUUUCUGAAAAUAUUGACAUUUCAACAUUUUAAUUUCAUAAAUCUCCUAAUUUUUAAUAUUUUUUCUAGUUUUGAGAAAAACACUGAAAGCGUUCGUCAGCUGUACAAGCACGCGGUGCCACAUGUUUUAUACAAUGAUUUUUAACGUAUGAAAUAAUUUGUAGUUUUUUUCGAAGCUAGUAAAAAUAUUAAAAAUUAGGAGAUUAAUGAAAUUAAAAUGUUGAAACGUCAAUAUUUUUAGAAAAAUGAACUUAACAAAAUGGCUAUCUUCAAUUGUUUUGACAAUAAUUAAAUGAAAAAAUAUAUUUUUUAACUUUUUUAUCAAAACAUUAAAAUAAAUUAAAACAUGAAAUAUUUGUAGCUCUUGUCUCUGUGAAUCUUACUAAAAAACCAGAAUUAUGAUAUCUCCAUUACUACAGGAGACAUCGCAAUGGGUAAAUCCUCACGGGACACCCUGUAUAAUGUAAAUAUAUGAAUUCGUGUAUAGCUGAAAGUAUAAAACAUGUUACCUACUGUAAUAUUUUAUAUUUAUAUUAAAUUGUAUUAUAUACUAAAUAAUUACUGGGUAAUAUUUAUUUAUACUAAAGAUCAUGAUAUGUCAUAGCCCAUAGGUUACAAACAUCUUUUUUUAACGUUAUAGUUAAAGAUAUUUAUAGGUUUUUAUACGCCUUGAUGGUAUUAAAAAUGUAUUAUAUAUUAUAUUAUCUGAAUUUUAUUUAUCUAUUAAUCGCUUGUUUUAUCAUUAUUAUAAAAUUAAUAUUAAAUCUUAAAAUAAGAUAGGAAAUCUUGUCAAUGUUAUACUAUAUUUUUAUUUAGUACUAUUUUAAUAUACUAUUUUAUAUGGUUCUUAGUUUUAAGACAAGGAUGUAUCUGGUGGGUAUAUAUUAGAUUUAACCUAAUAAAACAUAUUACUUUCACAUUUAAAUUUAAAGAAAACUUGAAAAUAUUUAAAAAAUGUUUUUCUUUCCUGAAAACAAUUCUAGAUACAUCUUUGCUCUUGGUUAUGAUUUAAUAUAGCUCUAAGAAAAGCAUUUGUAUUAAUAUAAUAAUUUAGAUGUUGAUAGAAUUUUAAUAAUUAAAACAAAUAUAAUUGUUAUAUUAUUUAUUUAGUUUUUAAGAUAUUUUUAAAUGUAUAGGAUAAGAAGGAUGACUAUGGAAGUCUUAAUUAAGUAUAAUAGUUAUGACUUAUAAUGUUUGGUUAAUUUUAGAUAAAAUAAUUUGGUGUGUGUGUUUAUAUAAACAAGUAAAUUGUAGCCAAAGUUGGGAAUAUUUCUAAAAAUGAUUGUAUUAAAAAAUAAAAAAAAAUGCUAGAAACAAA